CGGUCACAGGGAAAAUGGAUUCAGUUUGCAUCUCUCCCUCCCUUCAACAGCUUCUCUGGGUCUCAGCAAGGAACAAGUUGGUCAGGAAGCUGUGCCGCAGCCAUGGCUUUUAAAGACACCGGAAGGACACCUUUGGAACCAGAUUGGGCGAUUCACCGCAUUAGGAUCACCCUGACAAGCUGCAAUGUGAAACAGUCUCUGAAGAAGGUGUGUGCUGACUUGAUCCAAGGUGCAAAGGAAAAGAACCUCAAGGUGAUGGGACCUGUUCGGAUGCCUACCAAGACUCUAAGAAUCACUACCAGGAAAACUUCUUGUGGUGAAGGAUCGAAGACUUGGGAUCUUUUCCAGAUGAGAAUCCACAAGCGACUCAUUGACUUGCACAGUCCUUCUGAGAUUGUUAAGCAGAUUACUUCCGUCAAUAUUGAGCCAGGUGUAGAGGUUGAAGUCAUCAUCGCAGAUGCUUAA